AUGACGGGGAACCAAGGUUCCUUGCGCUGGUCGUCGCAAUUGACCGUUGCUCCAGCCCAGCAAAUUCCCAAGCUUUCCGGCGAUAAGAUCAUACUGCCGCCAUCCGCGCUCGAGCAGCUUCUCGCGGCUGCCCCGCUUCAAGAGGUAACUUCGUCAGGUCCAGCACGCCCAUACACCAGCACUUUCGAUCCUUUCAAUCCGCACACCUUCGCCGCCGAGUCCCAGGCGCGCGAACGGGCGGUGGAUCGCCAGCAGCAAUUGCCCCAUCCGCUUACGUUCCGCAUCGUGAAUCCUCAGAACGAGCGGGUGGUAUAUGCUGGCGUUCGUGAGUUCUCUGCGCCGGAGAACGAGAUUGGUCUCAGUACCUUUUUGCGCGGGGCACUUGGCAUUGAUGCCACUGGACCACCGUCACAACACGAUGAUGAUGGUACUGAUGGGGAAGUGACAGACGAUGCGCCAGCCGCCCCGACCACGGUCACGGUCCAUGCGCAGCAGUUACCAAAAGGUACUUAUGUCCGUCUGCGCCCUCUAGAAGCUGGAUACGACCCGGGGAAUUGGAAGGCUUUGCUUGAACAACAGCUGCGGGACAAUUACACCACAUUAACCUCUGGAGAGGUCCUCACUGUUGCAGGGGGGCGCGAUCAGUCAUUCCAGUUCUUGGUUGACAAAGUUGAGCCUCAUGGCAAUGGCAUCUGCGUUGUGGAUACGGACUUGGAAGUGGAUAUUGUCGCCUUGACGGAGGAUCAAGCCAGAGAAACGUUGGAGAAACGAUUGGAGAAAUCUGCUCGUGUCUCUGGGAAUAGGGCAGGCACAUCUGUUGGGGGCGAGUUGCGACUUGGUCAAGUUGUAACUGGCCAGGUUGCGCUUGGGGACUAUGUCGACUACGAGGUCCACAAAUGGGAUCCUACGAAUGCACUGGAAGUAUCUGUCGAGGGUGCCGAUGAGGCAGAUCUCUGCCUCUUUGCCAGUCCCCUUUCUGCUCACCAGAGGAACCGACCGCGGGAAGAUGAGCAUGUUUUCAGUGACCUAUCUAAUCGGCCGACUAAACGGAUUAGGAUCCAACCGACAAAUGUGGAUAUGGAAGGCGCUGAGAUGCUGUACAUAUCGGUACAUGCACCCACUUCCACCGCCAGUUCAGAAACUGGAGUUUCGGCGCUGCCGUAUAGCCUACAGGUUCAUGUGGGCUCGUCGCCCGCACAAGCUGAGAAUGCUGCAGGCAUCGAGCCAGAAAGCCAUGAACCGGGUGAUGUCCAGUGUAAGAACUGUCGUCAAUGGGUACCUGAACGGACAUUGAUGCUACAUGAGAACUUUUGCCUUCGAAACAACAUCCUCUGCCCCCAGUGCCAGAACGUGUUCCAGAAGCGGUCUUCGGAAUGGCAAAAUCAUUGGCAUUGUCCUCAUGACUCGGCUUAUGGCACCGGCGACGCAGAAAAGAAUCGACACAAUCUCUUUUUUCACAGCAAGCGCUCCUGUAGUAGCUGUGGAUUUGAGGCGGAGGACCUCCCACGUCUCGCUCAACACCGCACAACUGUCUGUCCGGCCAAGCCCAUUUUGUGCCAAUUUUGUCAUCUUGUGGUCCCUCAAAAGAGUGAAUCAGACCCUGAGAUGGAUGAUCCGGACGUUUUAGUCUCCGGUCUCACACCACAUGAAUUGGUGGACGGUGGCCGGACAACCGAAUGCCACCUUUGUGACAAAAUCAUCCGUCUUCGCGACAUGAAGAUGCACCUUCGCCAUCAUGAUCUAGAACGCCUGUCUCGACCCACUCCUCGCAUAUGCUUAAAUAAAAAUUGCGGACGGACGCUUGACGGACGCGGUACGCAGACUGCAGUCAAGCUCGGUCUAUGCAGCAUCUGCUUUGGACCACUGUACGUAGAUACUUACGAUCCCGAAGGCAAAGCGCUCCGGCGGCGCAUCGAGCGCCGCUACCUCUCUCAGAUGAUGAGCGGCUGCGGCAAAUCAUGGUGUCAAAACGAAUACUGCAAGACGGGCAAGCAAGCUAGACCGUCUUCCACAUCUGGUGUGGCUGCUCCGAUGGGCGCGGCUGCUAUUCUAGCCGCAGUGCGGCCUUUGCUUGACGCCGUCAAUCUUCAAGGAGAUGCGCCGAACACCGCUCCUUUCUACUUUUGCACGGAUCAGGCAGGCCAGCAACGUCGCAUUGCUGCAGAAAUGCUCUCAGCUGAGGGCGCAGUAGCUGACGGCAAGACCUAUGCAUUGCCGUGGUGCGUUUCCGCCGUUGAAACCACGGCGGGGAAUCUAGACAAGGCGCGCGAGUGGUUAGAAAAUUGGGCGCCUGCGCAGGGGGAAGGCACAUAUUAG